UCGGUCAAAUGUCGUCUGUCCAAAACCAACCAACCAACCGACCAACCCACCGGAAUUUAGGCCCGCAGGCCCACGCCUACUCCGUUUAUUCAUCUCGUCCGAGAAUACCGUACGCGCAACAUAGGGUCUUACUUCGAAAAUGUAAAAUUGUUUCACAGAAUUGAUACGAGAACUUGACGACUGGUUUAGUUUUGCCGCCUUGGCCUGCGAAUAAAAUGUCGCUGAAGUCGGGAACCCUUCCGCAAACGAAGGCAUUCGAAAAGAAGCCAAAGAACCAUGGACUAAAGUAAUGGACUAAAGAAACUUCUGUGCUUGUUUGCUUGCCUUGUUUGCCUGUAUUAAGCAAACGAUUUACUACAAUUUCAAAGUCAAUACCUGCAACUAGUGCGAAUGACGAGCAAAUAACGAUCUAUGUAUACAAAGGUAUUCCUACGUCAGCGGGGUGACUGACACGGGCAAUAGUGUGAGCAAAGCAGCGAAGCAGGACAGCGACCGGCUGGUCGUCCGGAGGAGAGACGAACUUUUCAAACGCGUCCGAAUGCAAACGCUUUCGCAGCACAUUCGAGAUCACUACCAAGCCGCGGAAAGCGUCUACGCGUUGGGUACACCCCUGGGUGCCACGCCAACAACCGGGUCUUCGUACCCACCCGGGCAGUCGGUAGUCGUAGACGCAGAAACACCAGUAUAAUUAAUUCGUCGUUUGUUUCUACUUGUAUGUUCGGGACGUUGUUCGCUUUGCAAAACUCAGGAUCUUGCAUGCUCCUCCGAAGCAGACGUCAAAUAAAAUAUCUUCUGAUAAUUCACAGGUAAAGUCCGACACACUCCUGAUCCUUGACGUUCGAGACCCCGAGGAGUACGACAAAUGCCACGUUCUGCACUCGAAAUCCUAUCCGAAGCAGCUCCUGAGCCACGACAAGAUCAGCGCGGAGCUCUACGCCUUCAAGGCAAGACCAGAAAAACGGCUUGUCGUGUAUCAUUAUUUUUUGUGAUAAUGGUUUCGUUCUUGAAGCAAGUUAGUACGUCACUCUACAACUGUAACACAGUCUGAUUGUGAUCCUUAUUUCGUGUCUGGCGUCGAACUGCAGUCUGUGUCUGGCGUCGAAGCCUUCGUUUCACUUCCGAAACAAGAACGCCAAUUCUUUGCAGUUACGACACCGACGACAAGGCAACCGCUAGAAUAGCCACAACGCUGGUCGAAAAGGGAUUCACCAAUGUCUACGGGCUCAGCGGUGGCUUCGAAGAGGUACUUGCUGUCUGUUUGGAGCAGCAGGUGGGCUUUUCUGUUGUGAGUUCGGAAGAAGCAAUGCAUUUCGUUUUGGCCUCCAGUUUUCGUUUUCGCACUCACACGAAAAAAAAACAGGCCUGCAAGGGUUUCCCCGAAGUAAUGAAGGGUGACAUUCCGAACUACAAUCCGAAUGCCGAUCUGCAAAGCCGACCUGGCAGUAGUUGCAGCCGCCUGAGUACAGUAAGUCGUUUCACUCAGAUGUCGACGCGUAGGUAGCGAGCGGGCACGGGAUACCGCAGCUGCUUACAGAAAUAAACGCAGACUUUGGAGAGUGGUUCUGAAGAGUGUGUUGAGACACGACGUUGCCAAAUAUCGCUAUUUUCCUACCUUCACGUGGUAGCAGUACUACAGGAGGAAUUUUUUUUUCCAUAAAGAAAAACUGCCCGCCUCGACGGACAGUACUGCAUGCUGCCGUUGAUGCACGGGAUCUGUUCUCUUUGCAAUCAAUGAAUCAAGCAGUAUAGUCUAUCGAGGAAUUUUGGAAACGAAAUCUUCGCGAAUGUAGUUACACUGGACAACAGUCAUUGCUGAGACACUGCUGUAGUUCAGUGUCUUCUGUUUGUGGAUGCGAAAGCGAGAUAUCGGUGGACGAGUGUUUUGAUCAGUGAGCGCAGUUCAUUUUCACAGUCGCGCAGACACCAAAGUAUUUCUAUUGUGCUAGAUACAUACGGAAGAGAUAGAUCGAAC